UUCUCUGUAAAAAGCGCACAGUGGGGUCACACCCACCACCCAACCCAAACCCUAUACAUUUCUUCAAAAAAACUUUCGAAAGUUUUUCAAAAAAAGUUCUUUCAUUUAAGAUCCCUACACAAUGGUCUCAUCGGACACAAAAUUGGCCAAUGUUGUAGGAGGAAAAGUGGCACGGGCGUGCGAUAAUUGUAUAAGAAAGCGUGCUCGGUGGUACUGUGCUGCCGAUGACGCUUUCUUAUGCCAAUCAUGUGAUGGUUUAGUUCAUGCAGCGAACCCUUUGGCUCGCCGUCAUGAAAGGGUUCGUCUAAAAAUAGCUUCUUUAAAGCUUUCAUCUUUAGACAAGCCUACAUCGCCACCGUGGCACCAAGGUUUCACCAAGAAACCUAGGACUCCACGUGGCGGAAACCACCAUAAGCAUGCAUCUCGACAAACUUCAAAGUCAGAUGAAAGUGGUGUGAGUUUCAAUCCGCUUCACUUAGUCCCGGAGAUUGGAAGUGACGACAUGACUACCGUGGCAUCCGAAGAGCAGCUUCUAUAUCAGGUUCCGGUGUUUGAUCUCUUUGCCGCGGAGCUUUGUCUUUCUGGGAAUUCAAAUGAGGCGGUGACACCCGUGAAGCAACCGGAGGUGACACUGUCACCUCCAGUGGACUCCGAUCAUCAUCGGGGGUCGAAAUUGACGUUCGAUUUGAAUAGUUUGAACGGGUUGGUACUUCCAUCCGACGUGGAGCUGGCCGAGUUUGCUGCUGACGUGGAAAACUUAUUAGGAAAAGGUCUUGAUGAGGAGGCGUUUGCUAUGGAUGGAUUAGGGUUGUUGGAUUGCAGAGAGAAAGAUUCUGGCAAAAGUAUGGAGAGAGUGAAGGUUGAAGAAGAUCAAAUGCAGUAUGAAAUGGUGGAGAGUGAGAUGGAGAUGAUGAGAGAGCCGUUUCAGUUGAGCUUUGAUUAUGAUUCUUCACCGUUAUGGGAGGAGAAAGAUGAGAAGGUGGCGGUGGACGGUGGUGGUGGUGGUUAUAUGGGUGUGGUGAAAGAAGAUGAAGAUGAUCAUGUUGUUGAUGUUAAGAAGAAAAAGAUAAUAUUGAAGCUAGAUUUUGAAGGGAUUAUGGCUGCUUGGGAUGAGGACAGAUCUCCCUGGACCACCGGUGGCCGGCCGGAGCUGGAUCCGGAUGAUUGUUGGCCGGAAUGCAUGGGUGGAUGUGGAAUUAUUCAUCAUCAUCCUCAUCAUCCUUAUGGAGCUAUGGGGCUGAUGACUGGAAAUCCGACGAUGUUAGAUGGAGGAAGAGAGGCAAGGGUGUCAAGAUAUCGAGAAAAGAGGCGAACAAGGUUGUUUUCGAAGAAAAUAAGGUAUGAGGUACGGAAAUUGAAUGCAGAGAAAAGGCCUAGAAUGAAAGGAAGAUUUGUAAAGAGGUCAUCUUCUUCAGGCUUUCCUUUGCUUAGCAAAUAAUUAACAAAUGACUUAUGUUGCUAACACAACAUCCAUCUUCAAAUUUUGUAAGCUAAUUAAGCUUUGUGCUUGAUUAGGUUUUCCUAAUUAAGAAUGUUCAUAAAAGUUUGAAUAAUGAAGAGAAGAAAAUAAUAGUAUGUGUUUUGCAAUUGAUCCAUGUGUUUUAAGGAUGAUGAGAUGUAAACUAUUUUUGAUCAUUAAUCAUACAUAUUGCAAUGGUGUCUAGGAGAUUGUUGAUGCA